AUGCCAUCCCCCGACUCGCGUCCGGGCAGCGCAGCAACCACCACCAUUGCACCCGACGACGACGCGCUCUCCCAUCCUGCCGGCUCUGCGACCGCCCCUCUUGACUCGCGCCCUCCCGUCCAGCAUGUGAGCUACAAUCUCACCAGCGAGGCCGCCGCCGCCGCGUCGCGGCUCUCCCCGCCCGUCCUCCCUGCGCACGCGCGCUCCGAUACCUACAUCAUCCCCCCGCUGUCGCGCGAUGCUCAACAACAGCACCCGCCCAGCGCCGCGAGCCCAACGUCCCCUGGUUCUGGUCCUGCCGGGCUGCGGCGGCGCGGUAGUCGCGCGCCCACGUUCCGCACCUUUGAUGCCGGUGAUGACGACUUUGAGAUACCCUUCCACGGCGCCGCCGGCAUGGGCUGGUAUCCCGGCGCGGAGCCCGGUUAUGACCCGAAGCUGCCUGACGGCGGACACGCCUCGGUACCCCAGCUGACCGCGCCUUGCGAGAUUACUGUUGUCGACUUCUCGCUGGAGCGCCUGGAGCAGUGGCACUUUGACAACGACGGCUUCAUCGAGUUCAUACAGCGGCCCAAGGAGAGUUGGGCCCAAUGCCGCUGGAUCAACAUCAAUGGCCUGAGCUGGGACGUCAUACAGGCUGUCGGCUCGACAAAGGGCCUGCACAAGCUCGCCAUUGAGGACAUUAUGAACUUGCGUAACCGCACCAAGGUCGAUUGGUACCCCAAUCAUGCAUUCAUCAUCAUGACGCUGCAAAAGCUUGUGCACGUCGUCGAGCCCGACGACGGCAGCGUCAGCUCCGGCAGCAGCUCCUCGUCCGGCAGGACCAUGGCCGCCGUGCGCCGAUUCUUCAGCAGCGGCAACCAGGCCACCGCCGAUCUGGAGAAGCGGCGCGCCGAAGACGCGGCGCCGCCUUUUGCCGACCUGACCGAGACCAGCAUGCCGCGAACGCUGCAGCGCUACCAGGCCAGCGGCAACGAGGCGCGGACGCAGUUCAUGGAGGCGCACUCGUCGCUGGCCCCCUACAGCAUGGCCAUUUCCGCCGAGCAGGUGUCCAUCUUCCUGACCGCGGACAACACCGUCAUCUCCUUUUUCGAGGCCUCGGCCAGCGACGUGGAGCGGCCGAUGAUCAAGCGCCUCGGCACACCGGGCACGACCCUGCGCGACUCGUGCGACGCCUCCAUGCUCGUCCAGGGCAUCAUGGACGCCAUCAUCGAUCUGGCCAUCCCGCUGACGGCCGCCUACACGGACAUUCUCGGCGACCUCGAACUCGACGUCAUCUCGGCGCCGAGCAUCAAGCAGAGCAAGCGCCUGUAUAUUUGCAUCAGCGAGAUCAACAAGAUGCUGCGCUUCCUGCUGCCGAUUGACAACCUGGUCAAUGUGCUGCGCGACCACCGCACGCGCAUGACGCAGGAGCAGGCCGCGCGCGAGCUCGUCAACCCCGCGAGCGGCGUGCUGGUGACGCCCAUGACGCACACGUAUCUCGGCGAUGUGCUCGACCACUGCAUCAUCAUCACCGAGUCGCUGCAGCAGCUGAAGCAGUCGUCGGAAAAUCUCAUCAAUCUCAUCUUUAACACGAUUACCGCGAACCAGAACGAGUCGAUGAAGCAGCUUACCACCGUCACCAUCAUCUUCCUGCCGCUCACUUUUAUCACGGGCUUCUUUGGCCAGAAUUUUGAGUUCUUUCCUGAAAUUAAGAAGGGGAUUUGGUACUUCUGGGCAUGCGCUGUGCCAACUGUGGUGGCUACAAUAAUCAUUCUUAUGCGUGAAAUGAUUUACAAUUGGGGGGUGAGCGUGGUCCAGCGCAAGCGAAUCAUGUCGAUUCGGAAGAAGAGGCGGCGUCGGGCCAUUUCCAGGUGA